GAUAUUGGUAUGCUACAUAGAUAAUAUGCAGAGGUCGUUGACUACAUCCACAGUCUAUUUUCAGCUAGCUGGUGUCUGCGAAAAACAACAAGAGCGAGAGUUGAAUCGAAUGGUGGCCCCUACAGAAUCGCAUGCCAGAAAUCUCUUAAAGCGGGUCAUGAAAAUGAAUAGUUUCGAUCACAGAUUGUCUGUUGGAGUUGGACUUGGACAUAAAACAUGCGAGAUCGUGAUUCCUCUUCUGCCAGGGAUCCCUUGAAUUGAGGAAACACGACAUGAUGUGUUGAUAAAAAUAUCCGAUUACAUGUCGCAUGCGAGGUUGUCGUCGUUGACUUGUUGGAAAAUCAGUAUGCGCACCCCUACGUUCUCAGAAUGACAGAACACGCACAAGAAUUCCGUCGGAUACCGUAUCUUCGUUGUACCGCUAAUAUCACUAUGCGACCGUGGUUUCUUACUACAGCAUGGAUCUUGCUGUCGAGCGUUGUUACAGUCGUGCCUUGCGAGCUCGUCAAUAGAAAUGGUGUUACAAGAACACCUGACAAAACUGCUGACGGCAAGAUUCAACGAAGCAAAACGAUGGGUGAAGGAGUCAGCUACAAGCUGCUACGAAGCGGCACAGAGUAUUCUCGCGCCCUGGGGACACUUCUGCGAAGCGCGCGUCAGUCCGUGUUCAUCGUUUCGACAUUCUUCGACGGGAAGUUUCCGGUCAUUGUUGACGAAGAUACAACCAGUUCAAAGCCAGUAGCCACUUCAACGCCAUCGACAGCCGCUUCCAAAGCAGCCAAGAAUGACACACAAAUAUUGCCGCUCUCGAUUAUGCUUGCCCAGCUGAAUUCGAGUGUCACGGAACGAUACCUGCUCACUUCAUCGCACCCAGAUUUAUGUAAAUGCCAUUUCUGAAUCUACUCACUCUCACUCUAAUUUUGAUAGAACCAGUCGUAGACACAAUUUUCCUUGUGCCUACUUACGAAAAGCAGAAUCUGUCGGGUAGACUUACUCAACAUGAUAAUUACUUAUCUCCAUUUUUGCAGUAUCGCGAAAUGAACAAGAAGUUUGUUUGUCUAGUUCUUUCAUUAAGAAUACGUCCUACUUCUAAUGUCCACAGGAACCUUGUUCACCUCUGGACCAACAGUGAAGGCACUUGCCAAGGACCAAUGGGCCGUGCAUUGGCUAGGGUGGCAUCGUGGUGUCAACGGAUGGACGAACUUAAACCACGCAAAAAUCGUACUGGUCGAUGAAACCACGUUUAUCAUCGGUGGAAUCGACCCCAUGAGUACCAGGUACGACAACUUUUUGGUUUUUUUUCGCAGUAUGUGAUUGUCUGAAAUUCCUAACUUAUCGACGUUUUAUCGGGCAAUGAUGUUCAUAUUUGUUGCGUGUUGAAAAAUCAAUAUAAAUCUCACGAAAUGGAUGUAGAUAUGAAGACGACAGACAGGUUUUCUCCAGCGCUGCAUGAUAGGCUGGGGUACGAUCCGAAUGUGCUGCAGGAGCGUCAGGACGUCUCGGUCCUGGUUGAGAACGCUCCAGCGGUGGGGAAGAAGCUCCGAGAGCGCCUGUUGAAUAUCGGUCGUACUGCAAAUAACGCGCGACGUGCGUUUAUGCUUUCGAGUUCUCUGCAAGAAGGGGCGAAUGUGUGGCAACCGGAGUCGCCGGACGGCUCGUGGGACGCCUUCGCGCCACGCGGAAGAGCAGAUGGGAGCGACGGACCCUAUGAAGAGGAGCAGCUGCUGUUUAGUCUACUGUUCAACGGCCCGCCAGCAUGGCCGAUGGAGAAGCAAAUGAUCACACGGAAAAUGCGGGAGUUCGCACUGGCCUCCGCGUUGGUUCCGUCAGCUGCACAUCACACUGAAUUUCUGCCGCACCACACAGGCAGCAAAUACUCUCGACCCUACCGCUUCCCGUUUUUGUAUCUGGAACUGCAGUACUUCCAAUUGAAUUCAGAGCAGACAUGCAGUCGCUCACCACGCAAGUUAUCCAACGAUGCAGCACAAGAAAUGGAGGCAUCUGGUCCAACUAGUACCGGUGUCAGAAUAAGCGGUAGGGCUGCCUCCUCAUCUGAAACUGAGACAGGCAAUGGCCCUGAAGGUGACGAGGAAAGUAGUGGUUCGGCCUUUUCCACUGACGAAUCGACUUUCCGUCAGUACGAAAAUGAAGUACUUAUGGGCACGAAAAAGUACUCAAGUGUCGCAAAUCUGCUACCUCCCCUUGCGCCUGAAGAAGAUCCAGAGGAUGGCGAUAGCACGGAAAGCACCACCGCUCAUACAGAUGACAGAGACAGUAUCGCAUCAAAAUCGACUACAACAUCUGAAGAUGACGAACUCCUUGUAUCCGAGAAAAACGGAAACGGAAGUAGUACAAGUACAGUAGAGCCUUUUCCUUGCACAGUAGGAUCGGCUAUCCGCAAUGCUAUUGCGCUGGAGCAGAAGCAGCCAGAUCCUCUAGAAGGUCCUCGAUUCAGCGUCGCUGUCACAGUGCCAUACUUGAACAGUGAGAAUCCUGUAGAAUCUGCAGGAACAUGGCGGACGAUGUCGCGACUGCAGGAAGACGAUGAAUUUAACGGCUAUAUGCAGCAUUGUGGACGAGAAACUGCGGAUGAAGUAACGUGUGAUCGCCUAGCUUUCUUUCAGAUGGCAUCAGCGUUUCUCCUUAUGCCUGUCGAUGAGCAGAUGGACGCUUCCAGCAGCCUGGAUGAGCAAAGUGGUCUGGUCCAGAAGGCAGAGUCACCAAGCGAAGAGGAUUCAGAAGCUAUUCUUGAAUCUUCUCGCCGACCGGAGCUUUUCCUGCAAGUAGAUGCGGAGGAUGAAGAAGCUUCUACUUCGUCCACUGGUAGGACACAGGCAGCAGAGAACAACAUCACUCCGAUAGCGAGUAACACUGAAGAGGUAACUCCUGAACCGUCGUCUACUCACAUUCAAGCCGGAGCAUCAAAGAGGAAGCCUCGACUCGAAUUCUACGGUGUCUAUGUGCAUACGAAGAUGCUCGUUGAUGAGGCGAGCGCACUCGUCUCGUCCGCUAACGUCAACUCGCGCUCACUCGCCGGCACGGGCGACUUCGAAGCCGGCAUUUACCUCCCCAACUGUGCGCACUGCGCUGAAGAGUCUGUCUUUGAGUAUUUGCGGCGUAAUACGUGCAACGAGGGGCGCGAGGACCAACACAUGCCACAUUCCCUAGUCAAUUUGCUGACCAUCUGCAGUGACGAAAAGAUUUACGGAUAUCAAGUUCGAACGUAGACUGCAUACUGAAAAAAAUGUUUUCAUGUUGAAUUAUCAUGCGGUUGCUGAAGAUGGUACUAAAUUAGUACUAGCAAGUUAUUUGCGUUUGCUAAAUCUUUGCUGACCAUUUGCAUUCCCAGUACUCUUUAUAUUUUACUGCAAACCCAAACCCUACCAGGAAUUUCGUUUUUUUCUAAAAGUUUUCCGAGCUAGCAUCACUUCUCGGAGGACUUGACCUACGCGAAACACAUAUUGGCGAAUUUCUCGCGAAAAGUGACGUAGGCACAAGCGUUCGUGGAAAAAUGGAGUCCCUCAGCGGUACGCGAAUCGCCACGUUCGACAACUUGGUGCUAGAAGAGGUGGAGAAAAUCCUUGCUAAAUAUGGAAAUAGUAGGUAUGUUUCAGAUUCGGAGAUAAUCGUCGGAGAAGAGGCCAUUGGACAAACAUUGAGUGGUGACCAGAAGAUGAAGGAUGUUGUGGUACUCGAUCCACGACGUGGCGGCGGCACUUACAGGCGUAUUCCGCUCUUUCGCGGUGCUCUGCUGAGGCGAAGCGUCACCCAUCAAGUCAGUUUCGAGGAGCAGGACUUGUCGUGGGUCGAACGGCUCAAGCUGAGACUGCUGCUUGGUACCCCAAUUCCGAAGGCCAAUGUCCAGGCAGGAGACGACGCGCACAGCACUGAGAAAAUUUAAGGGUAGUUUUUCACUAUCCCCAGUCGAGUGGGUUGCCCUCUUUGCCCCUUAGCUGCUCCUCCAAAUCCAGGAGGAGUCCACUCAGCAUAAAGGUGCUUCCCCUGUUAUAUAUAGCGCUUGUUUUGCCUUUUUGAAGAAGGAAAGGCAAAACAAACGGUGGAAACGACCACCAAAACCCUAUCUCUAAAAAAUGCAGAACACAAGAACGCGCACAGGAGAUGAAGAGGCCACGGCUGUGCCCAAAUUAGCAGUGUCCCUCGACUCAAUAGAGGGCUCUUCAGCAUCGUCGACCCUGCUACAACAAGGGGACGAGUCCAAUAUCGGUUCUGAGCCAUCCAGCAAGAGCUCAACUACGCCAGCAGAAAGCAACAUCAAAGGCCACUCGACAGCAACUAAAGGUGAUCACCACUCGCAGACGGAUCACCGCAAGCGGCGUAGUGUGUACGAAGUGGAUCGUGGUCAUCGACGUGGCGUUUUCGAUUCCAUAUCUUUUCUAAACGAUUUAGUUCAGUAGGUAUGAUGCUUUGACGUGUCCAGAAGUGCAAGCUCGUGCGUUUGCCUCUGUUCUGCUAUUCAACGACUUGGUGGAUGUACUCAUCAACGCAUAUAGAUUUCUUUUCAAUCUCCCAUUUCUCGUGCUGCAGUGUCGUGUGUUGCGUCGACACUUAUUUUUUCUAGAUUCUGUUUCACUUUGAAAUUUUUAGUUCUUGCACCACUCAGCGAACGCACGCACCGAUGGUUGCUGCUAGAUGAAAAUUUUUUGAAGUAGUGAGUACUUUUGUAAAGACGAUUGUUUCCUGCAGCAUAGAAAAACCGCACAUGCGCACUCCUAGUAUGAAGCCGCUUGGCGUAUUGUCGAGGCAGCGAUUGUAAAACUUCGUUUGCGAGUACGGAUAUAACAUGUAGAAAGUCUAAGUCAGCUUACUUUUACGACAUCAUGUCAUCGUAUUUACAUCCUGCACCAUGCUCAACAUGUCAUAUUCAUUGAUUUUUUUUAUUUUUCAAUCGUAAGGUCAUGCACGCCUAUAAUGUGACUGUUAGUUAUUUCUCUCUCUCUCAAUAUUUUCUUUGUUGUUUGUGAAACGCGAAGGUCAGCACCAGCAAAAGUAGGCACGGGCAUACCAUAUCAAAGUCGGGAGCAUUUUCAUAAAGAUAAAAACAAGAGUUCCGACCUCGACGGGGUGAUACAAAAUUACUUUCUGUCCAUCACGACGUGAGAAAAUGCUAUCGAAAUUCUUUGGAAAAAGAAAGCGAAGCAAGAAACUCAUGAGCAAGCACCGUCGAUCCCUUGCAGAAGCGGCUUCAGGAUAGAGUUUUCAGGCUGGUCGACGGCAG